AUGCCCUCAUCCAAGCCAUACAAUCUGGCCAUUGUGGGUGGCGGCAUAUCAGGCCUCACCCUUGCCAUUGCCCUCCUCCAACACAACAUACCCAUUACAAUCUAUGAGGCUGCACCCCACUUUGGCGAGAUCGGCGCAGGCGUCGCCUUGGGGCCUAAUGCUGGUCGCGCAAUGGAGCUCAUGUCUUCCAAAAUCUACAGCGCAUUCCUCAAGUGCAAGACGGGGAACAAGUCCAGUAAAGACUCGUGGUUCACCAUUCGGGUCGGCGAUGCGCGGAAAGCAGAUGCGAAUGGCUACGUCAAAAAGGACGUCAAAGUGGGAGAGGCGCUCUUCAAUGUGCCCUUCAAUACGACAGAGGGGCGAGGUGGCGUGUACAGAGCCCAUUUCUUGGACGAAUUGAUCAAGGAAAUCCCACAAGGCAUCGCCAAGUUCGACAAGAGACUGACCGGCAUGGAUGAAGCCAAAGACGGAUCCGGCGAUAUCGUGCUGCAGUUCACGGAUGGAACGACUGCUCAGCACAACGCCGUGAUUGCAUGUGAUGGAAUAAAAUCGUUUGCGAGAAAAUGGAUGUUGGGAGAGGAUGAUCCGGUUUCCAAGGCCAUCUUUUCUGGCAAAUAUGCAUACCGUGGCUUGAUACCAAUGGAAAAAGCUUCUGAGCUUCUUGGCGAUGAGGUCGCACAGAAUAUUGUCGCUUUCAAUUCGCGCGACACCUGGGAAGACGAUAAAUGGGUAGUCUCUACGUCCAAAGAAGUCAUGGAAGCCGACUUUGCUGGAUGGGGUCCUCACGUACAGAAGAUCAUUGGAGCCAUGGAGAAGCCAGAUAUAUGGGCACUUUUCAUGCACCUACCAUGCAAAACCUACACCAAGGGCAGAGUAUGUCUAUCAGGCGACGCAGCACAUGCAACCACACCACAUCAGGGUGCCGGUGCUGGCAUGUGUAUAGAAGAUUCGUACAUCUUGUCAAGUCUUAUCAAAGAGGCGGACACAAUUGAAGAUGUGGAGCGAGCAUUCAAGGCAUUCGAUGCGGUGAGAAGAGAACGGUCACAGAAAAAUGUGGUAACGAGCUUGGAAGCUGGGAAGCUGUAUGACUUUGAGCUACUGGGAGAUGACUUGGACAAGAUCCAGGAUAAUUUCCUAACCAGGAUGCAGUGGAUCUGGCAUGUAGACCUCCAAGAGCAACUGGCACAGGCGCAAAAGAUAUUCCAUGCGGAGGAGAAGCCAAGGAUAUAA